AUGUAUAGAUAUGGUGUUGAAUGUCUAUUUCGAUUUUAUACAUAUGAUCUAGAAAAACAUUUUCGUCAACAUGUAUUUGAAGAUUUUCAACAUGAAACUCUUUGUAAUCAUGAAGCUGAAGAAUUUAGUGUUUUAGGAAGAAUUGGUAUUGGUUUAGCUAUUGCUAGUAGUGUGAUUAAUUCGAUGCUUUAUAAUGUUGAUGGUAGUCGUCGAGCUGUUAUUUUUGAUCGUUUUCAAGGUGUUAAGCUAGAUGUUAUUGAAGAAAGAACUCAUUUUAUGAUUUCAUGGCUUCAUAGACCAAUUAUAUUUGAUAUUCGUACACGACCACGAUCUGUUCCAUCAAUAACAGACAUAAAAGAUUUACAAACAAUUGAUAUAACAUUACGUAUUCUUUAUCGACCAAGAGCUGAACUUUUAUCGAAAAUUUUUUGCAAAUUUGGUUUUAAAAUCUGUUGUACUAAGUCUCAAUUUGAUGCUAUUGGAUUGAUUACACAACGUACACUUAUUUCUCAACGUGUUAGUGAAUUAUUAACAGAACAUGCUGCUUAA